AUGGACCCUAAUCCACUCCCUCCAUUAGCAAGAGGCAGGAAAGGUAGAGGGGGAAUCAACCCUUUUGCAAACAAUGACAGGAACAGACUGUGGACAAACUGGAGGAAUCAUCCAGAUUUCGAAGAAGAGGAAGAGCAUAGAGAGGAAGUUCUACCCAGGCCAUACAGAGUGGAACAAAGGAUUGAACACAACCAUCCAGAAUAG